GCUGUUUCAAGUGGAAGGAGCAGUCCUGGUCUGCUGUUGCUCUCCUGAUCGAGUUACACGCUUUUUGUCAACAAGAACGAAAUGAGCUGAUGGUCCUGGGUCAAAGGCUGUCUUGUGAAAGUUUGAGAUUGCUGUGUCUCCACAUCAUUCUGGCAAUUUAUAGAGCUCGGAGAGAGAAAAUGUCCUACAGCGCUCUGCUGGCAUCUCGUCAAUCCUGGGAGUCAUGGCCGCAGGUUGUCAGCCCUUGCGGAGCAGAACGGGUCAAUCUGUGGCUACAAAACGAAGACAAGGGAGAGGAGGGAAGGGAGGACUUUGAGGCACUACAGCAGAUGACAGAGCUGCAGCUACUCGUGCUGACUCAAGAAGAGGAGAGGAAGCACCUGCUCAAGUUGGUGCAUGGGAUCGCCCUGGAGGAUUUACAAGAAUCAGGUCGCACGAUAUCGGCAAAAGACAGUGGCGGUGUUGAUGCUGACCAAACCUCCUUGAGGGCCGGCUGUAUAAAAAGGCUAAAACAAAUCCAAGCUCGGCUCCAGAGACAAAAUGGGAGCGAGGACAGCUCAGAGCAAACCAGGAUUCAGAUCGAAAUGCAGGAAAACUGGUCACAACCCGUGGUGGCAGACUGCACCCUGCAACUUCUGACGCGUCUGACGGAACUCCAGGAGGUCCAAGCUUUAGCGUUACUGCAAGUGCUCCAACAUCGGGAUUCACAGGCUGCCCAUGCGCUCAGAGAAAGAUAUGAAGCUGAACUAAAAACCCAGUGCUUCACCAACUUGCUCCAUCUCCUAAACCCAGACGACCCAUGUCAAACCCCUGGCUCUCUGUUGGCUGAAAACGCCGGCAGUGAGCAGAUCGGACCUGAGCUGUCUUGCACGGCAGAGGUUGAAAACAUCUGUGAGCGGUCAGUUCCCGCUGCAGCUGCUGACCUGAUCAACAGAGCCGGCGGGGAAAGUGUCGAAGCCCGAACUGCUGAUGGUUCUGUUCAGCAAGAAGUCUGCUCAGGUUGUGGGGCAGUCAUGGAGGAGCUGCCCUACUUGGAGAUCCUGUGUGUGCCAGAAGCACAGGCCCAAGCUGCCGCUCCAGAGGCUGGAGCCUGUAGGGAAGAAGACAGCAGUGAAACAAAGAGCCUCGAGAGCUUUGAGAAACAGGGGUCCUUGAUCCCCCUUGCUUGGAGCAAACCCCCCGAGGAAGACGCAGACUAUAGUGCGGAGGAUGAAGCAGAGGAAGCAGACCAGUAUCAGGAUUUCCCGAGGAGUACAGCAAUCCAGGUCCAGUCCACACAAUGUGAGGAGACGGCUCAGCCAAUCCCAGAACAAUCACGCGCAGGAGAAGCUGCGUCUGAAAAGGAUCCAAGCUCCCUUGAAGAAGACCUGCUGGACCCACGGCCGCAUGUCUCCAGUAACUCCUUCGAGCAGAGUGCCGAUGGCGGAUCCAAUCCCACGCCCAGCGCCAGCAGAGAGAUGACCGAGUCCGAACUCUGGGACCUCAGAGGUUCUGAACUCUCCGGGCCCGAGGACCUGAUUCGUUCUCAAGAAUCAACACAGAUUGACUCCAGUCUCUCCGGGAGAACCACGACGUUGGAGACUAAUCAGUUGGAGAGGGAAGAAAUAAUAAGAGAGCAAGCAGUGGAAAGAGAGAGAACAAUGCGCAACCUGGUGGACAUGCAACGAAGAUUUGAAGAGAGGCAUCAAAGAGACAAAGAGAGACAAAGGUUUAGGGUUCAGGAGCGUCUUUCGAUCAUCCAGAACAGGAAGGCAGAAGAGGACCUGCUUGGCCUUAAGCACACAGACAGGCUGAAGCAUCUCACACAAGAUCUACCUCUGGAGGACAAGGCCCAGCAGAAGACUGUGGUUAGAGAGCGACUGGAGCAGCUCAGAAGAGAGCGCUCCUAUAUCAUGCAGUCAAAGAGAGACAGGAACACGGCAGGAUUUAAGGAACUUCUAGCUCCAGUCGCUCUGCACAACAAUGAGGCGGAAGAUGGAGCAAACUGAGAUGAAACUGGUUCAAGUUGUGCGGUGUUGUUACACCUGUUCAAGCGACACAUGAAAACACUCUCAGUGCUGUGAAAAAGUGGUCGUCAGUCCUCACGAAA